AUGUAUGUAUCCGUCACCGCCUCCGCCGUCCGCUCCGUCGGCCGCAGGAAUCGCCGCCACCACGGAGAGCGCGUCCACUUCUGCGUGCGAUGCGAUUUCCCCAUCGCAAUCUACGGUCGUCUCGUGCCUUGUGAACACGCUUUCUGUCUGGCAUGUGCGAGGACUGAUUCUAGUUGCCAUAUCUGUGACGAGCGCAUUCAGAAAAUUCAGACAAUUAAACUUAUGGAGGGGAUCUACAUAUGUGGUGCUCCACACUGUCUCAAAUCUUUUCUCAGGAGAUCUGACCUCGAGGCACAUAUCAAUGAGGCUCAUGCUGACCUUAUACGCCCAAACAUAGAGAAGGAGGAAGCCAACGACAACAAUGCCCUCAACACCGCCAAACCCUCAUCAACUGAUGCUCAGAAACAAUCCCAGCAGCCAGAGGUUUCCACUGCCCGAGCUCCUCCCAAGCCAUCAGCCUUCUCACCGAGCGCAAACUCCCAAGACCAAGAUCGGGAAGAAAGGGCCCGCCGCCAUCAGUCAAGAGAUCCAUCGCCGAGGCCUCAGCUACAACCAAACCCGCCACAAUUCCAAAAUCAGCAACAGACGCAGACUAGCGAUUUUCCUGCAGAAAACCAACCUCAAAAUUGGUUUCCUCAACCCCCUACUCUCCCCCCUUUUCAGCAAAACCCUGACCAGUUUCCUAUGAACUACCCUUUGCCUUAUCCUGUUCAAUUUCCAACCGAUGGAUCUCAGCCUCUUUACAAUGUACCUCAAGAUUCAAAUCAGGGUUCUGUACUAGGCGUUCAACCGUCUCCCUCGGCAAUAGGAGGUUUUCCGAACAAUUUAUCUCAACAAUGGGCGAUGGGGUUUAUGAGCGUUCCUCUGCAACCUCUACACAUGAAUAACCCUCAGUUUCUGCAAGGAGAAGGGAUGACUAUAAAUCCUCAGAUUCAAGGUAAAGAGUCGGAUCAGCAGCCACCACCGCCCCUGCCUCUUACGCCGCCACCAGCCUUAGCUCAUCAGCAACAACAGCAGAUUAAUAGGAACAGAGAUUUCCCCCCAGGAUUUGGUUGAGAGAAUGGCUAGGUUUUAUUGUUGGUCUCGAAUAAUAUUUUCGUUUUGGUAGUGGUUGGACCGUGUCUAUCUUUUUAGCUCAGCUUGCUCGUCUAUGGUUCUUUUCAGUGUCUUUGCUGUGAACCGUUAAGGUUGAUCUUGUGGUUCGCCGGGCUUCCAAGUUUUUUCUUGA